UCCGCCGUGGUCUUUGAGGCUUUCAUUUUGAAGACAGCGCUCGGUGCUCCCCGGGCUGACUGCGGCGCUCCUGACGCAUCUGCUGUCCACUAGUCAAUUAACUCCUGAGAGCGUCUCUGUUUCCAGCCCGGAGCUCCUGCGGUGUCCGAGAGAAGUCUGUGAGAUAGUAGCUCACGUUGAGAGAAAUGUGCUGAUUUUUUAUUUAUUUAUUUUUGAUGGUUUUAUAGUGUUUUGUAGACAUGGAGCCUCCUGAUUUCGAAGCCAUGAACUUGACGCUGGAGGAGGAGGUGUUCUACCCGCUGUGUGAGGAGUGGAGGGACGGCACCGAGGGCUCCGUCUUCCACCUCGGAUCCAUCUUCCUCGUCCUGGGCUUCAUGGGCGGCAGCGGCUUUUACGGACUCCUCUACCUCUUCACUUUCCUCACUCUCGGCUUCUUCUGCUCCACGAUCUGGGCUUGGUCGGACUCCUGCACCACGGACACGUUUCUGUGGAAUUUCGCCCUUUUCGGGGUGUGUGUGGGCCAAGUCCUGCACGUCUCCUACCGGCUGAGGAGCGUCACUUUCGACAAGGACUUCCAGGAGCUUUACAGCUGCAUGUUCCAGAAACUCGGCGUGUCGCUCGGCCACUUUGGGAAGAUAGUCGCCUGCUGUGACGGGGACAUCCACACCAUAGAGAAAGACCACUGCUUCGCCAUGGAGGGGAAAACUCCCAUCGACAAGCUGUCGGUGCUCCUGUCGGGCAGAAUCAAUGUGACAGUGAAUGGGGAGUUCUUACAUUACAUCUACCCUUACCAGUUCCUGGAUUCACCUGAAUGGGACUCCCUAAGACCGUCAGAGGAGGGCGUGUUUCAGGUGACGCUGCGUGCUGAGAGCCGCUGUAGAUUUGUGGCAUGGAGGAGGAAGAAACUCUAUCUGCUUUUUGCCAAGCACCGCUACAUAGCCAAGAUCUUUGCCCUGGUUGUGCGCAACGACAUCGCAGAGAAGCUGUACUCUCUGAACGACAAGGCUUUCGACAGCCAGGGGCACCGGUAUGAUCUCCGGUUACCCAGCUACUGUCACAUGUCCAGGCCCGAAUUAGAAAAGACAGAUGGCCUCCUGCAAGUGCCGGUGCAGGCAGGAAGAACUGCCUGACCAAACAGACUGACUGACUGACUGUGUGUCUGCCUCAGCUGGGCAUGGCAAGGUGUGGCACUUCCCAUAUCUUACAGCCUGACUUAGUCCACAUUUGAUAUUUUAGUCGCUGUUAUAAUGGAAAGCAAAUGUGAAGACCUGUUUGGAAGUGAAAAAAAAAAAAAAAUCAUGAAAGGGUCAAAUGAGGCAAUCUACAACAGCAAAUAGUUUAAGGACCAUCCCAGUGAUUUUGAAUGUUGGGCCUUCGUUACUACAAUUUCCAAAUGUUUUACAUUGCGACAAGCCAUUUUUCAAAUGUUGCAGGAGUACUAAAGAUUUCACAACAUAUUGUCGAAAUCCCUUCGUUUUCAAAUUUGAAGUUUUGGUUGAAACACUCACCUCAUAAUGUGAAAACAAACAAGUGAUUUCAUUUGUCUGAAAGUUAAUUUCAUAUCAUAAUGGAAUGAAUUGAAACCAAUGGCUGGAUAAAAGGGAGGGAAAAUACCUUGGAACUCUAAAAAACAUCAGCUUGCUUUAGGAAAAGAUUAGCAGGAAUGUGAAGUUUAUACAUUUUUUACACUAAAAAGGUAACUUACUGGUGUGGUCUUUUAAGUUUCCCCGCGACAGAGCUGUUCUGAAGAUACAAGUAAUCCUAUUGGUUGAGUUAAUUAAAGGAUAAUUCUGGUGUUUUUCAUCAUAAUGUUGUCUGAAACUUAUAACAGUCUGAGCCAGUCAGUGGCAAAAACAAGCACUUUUUCUGGACGUAAUUUGGCGGUGAACCUGCCCUGUGCGAUUACAUUGCAGCUCAUUUCACGGCUGCUGACUGAAGCGUUCUCGCUCAAUACUGGACCAAUUCCAAAAAUUUCUGUCCCUAUCAGUCAUUUGGACCCCAAAAUGUGGAAAAAUAGGGCCCAAGUUGUGGGCGGAGCGUAAAGGAUAAAGUGUGAAUGCAAAAGAAAAUGGCAGUGCUUUCAUUGCAGAUUUCACACUUCUGAUUCAUGUGCUUGUUGUUGAAUUCAUCACCAUGGAUCUUCUUCCCACCACACAAUUUACAGCCACCUUGUUAUUUCUUAGUUUUAGCUUUGUGAAUUUCUGUAUUGGCCCAAAUAAGCACCUCUUGUUUUGCCCUCCUCUCCGUCCUCUUCUUCUACUUCAUUCAAAGUAUCUCUGAAACGUCACAUUCUGCAGAUAAACAUAUCCAAAUUUCAGAUCAGUCGCCUCAGUUCAUCUGUCGCUGCAAUCAGCACUGUGGCCACAGAAAAAGCUAAUUCAGAGCAGCUUACAAUGUAGCUGGAAGUCUGCAGUAUCACCACAUGUAGAGAUUGGUGAGACAAAUUAAUCCUACUAAUGAAACAUGAGUGUAAUCCUCAUCUCCAAUGCAGAGGUCUCAUAGCACCACUUUAAGUAAUGUUAGACUGAGGCCCAGUGAAAAAAGCAAAGGGCAGGAGAGGAGCUAUUAUGAAGCCUACUGCACAUAUUAAACAAAAAACAUGCAGUCAAGACAUUAAACUAACUAACUAAGUUAGCUGGUCUAGUUAGCCUUGCUGACCUUCCAGGUUUAAGAAUAUCAUGGUCAGAAGUCAUAAAAUAACAGAAAUGGUAUUAGCCAUUUAAAUGUUUUUUUUUUUUUUUUGUUUGUUUGUUUGUUUUUUUACUUCCAUUUUGACCAGAGUCUCUUGUGUGCCAUUAAAGUCUGCCAGUUAGGUAACUUGCUCUGUGAAAAAUGGUGGGUCUUUAGCUCUGCCCUUUAAGGUGUAGCUCGCCCAGUGAGAUUAUUUCUGACAGGCGAAAUGUUAUUAAAAUAACUCUUAACAAAAACUCCAAUUUGCCAUUGAGGAUCAGUCUCAGCUGAUAGCCUUUCUGCCCACAGAUAAUAAUUUACCACUCAGCGAGCUCAGACAUCAGUAAUUGCUCUGCUCUGUCCCAGAUAUCUAGUGGAUAUGUGGAGGUUUGAAUGGCAAAUCAUAUAUUUUUCCAUAGUGGAGGGUUUAGUGAAGUGGGAG